CUGUCAUGGUUUUGAACGCUGACUCAUGUUUAUUUUCUAUGUAAUAUUCGGAGUUGCUGGUGCUGACACUAGUGCACGAUUGUUUGUGCGUUUACUUCAGAUAACUGUAGUUGAGUUGAAAUUAAGUUUGAAAAACGAAUGGCUCCUGUAACCUCUAAAGAAACACCAGCGGAGAAACCUACCAAUGAAAAAGACAAAGUAGAAAAGAAAGAGGAAAAAGAACCUGAGUUGACUGAUGAAGACAAACAACUACUAGAUGAAUUGAAUCUAUGUGUGGAAAGAUUGAAGGAGGAUGACUCUUCUUUAUACCACUCAGCUCUUGAAAUUUUGCGAACAAAGAUUCGUUCAUCUACUGCAUCAUUAACAUCUGUACCAAAACCAUUAAAAUUUCUUCGACCACAUUAUGGGACUUUGAAAGAAAUUUAUGAAAAAAUUCCAGAUGGCAGAAACAAAAAAUUUUGUGCUGACAUUGUAUCAGUGCUAGGAAUGACAAUGUCAGAAGAAAGAGAAUGCUUAAAAUAUCGACUCGUUGGUACUCAGGAAGAAAUUGGAUCUUGGGGACAUGAAUAUGUCAGACAUUUAUCAGGUGAGGUAGCUUCUGAAUGGAAGGAGAUUAUGGAUGCAGAAGGGGAACCAGAUGCUAAGAAGUUGGAUGCACUUGGCAACUUAAUAGAGGAUAUUGUUCCCUAUAACAUGAAGCACAAUGGAGAGACGGAUGCUUGUGAUUUAUUGAUGGAAAUAAACAAACUUGAAUUACUUGAUAAAUUUGUUGAAAAGAGUACUUUUUCGAGAGUUUGUCUUUAUCUAACAAGCUGUGUGCCAUAUACACCCGAUCCAGAAAAUAUAACGUUGUUGAAGACAACUAUAAGAUUGUUCAGAAAUUUUGAUCGGUAUGCUGAAGCAAUGAGACUUGCUUUACAAUUGAAUGACAUGGAUGUUAUUACUGAACUGUUUCAAUCCUGCAAAGAUCCAAUUAUGCAGAAACAGUUAUCUUUCAUUCUUGGGAGGCAACAAGUUUUUCUUGAAUUGAACGAUGAAUUAGAUGAAACUGAAGAAUUAAAUGAAAUCAUGAGCAACACCCAUCUCAAUUCCAACUUUCUCACAUUAGCAAGGGAACUUGACAUCAUGGAUCCAAAAACUCCUGACGAUAUUUACAAAACUCACCUGGAGAACAACAGACCUGGACUAGGACCAUCUGGUUCUAAUGUUGAUUCAGCACGGAUGAACUUGGCUUCAUCUUAUGUGAAUGGACUGGUCAAUGCGGGAUUUGGUCAAGACAAACUUCUCACUGCUGAAGAUAGCAAGUGGAUUUAUAAGAAUAAAGAUCAUGGUAUGCUUGCUGCUACUGCAUCCCUUGGUCUUGUUUUGUUAUGGGAUGUUGAUGGAGGAUUGACUCAAAUUGAUAAAUAUUUAUACUCAUCUGAAGAUUAUAUUAAAUCUGGCGCUCUCUUGGCAUGUGGAAUUGUGAACAGUGGUGUGAGGAAUGACUGUGAUCCCGCUCUUGCAUUGUUAUCAGAUUAUGUUCUUCAUAACAGUAAUGUCAUGAGAGUUGGUUCUAUUCUGGGACUUGGUUUGGCAUAUGCUGGUUCUAACAGAGAGGACAUUAUAUCACUUCUACUCCCAGUCAUGGCCGAUUCUAAAUCAAACAUGGAAGUGGUUGGGAUUACAGCUCUUGCUUGUGGCCUUGUAUCCGUCGGUUCAUGCAACAGUGAAGUAACGUCAGGUCUUCUGCAAACUCUGAUUGAAAGACCGGAAAGCGAACUUAAAGAUACGUAUGCAAGAUAUAUAGCACUUGCCCUGGGACUGGCUGUUCUUGGUAAACAAGAAGCAGUUGAAGCCAUAUUAGCUGCAUUGGAAGUUGUUCCUGAACCAUUGAAAGGUUUUGCAAGGAUAUUGGUUGAUGUUUGUGCCUAUGCUGGUACUGGUAAUGUAUUAAAGAUCCAAGAGAUGUUGCAUAUUUGUAGUGAAGUUGUAAAUAAAGAUGAAGGAAACGAAGAAUCAUCAGGAGAUGCAAAAUCCAGUGAUAAGAAAGAAGGAGAAUCUUCAUCUAAAUCAUCCUCAUCUUCCUCUAGCAAGAAAGAUUCAAAAUCUGACGAAAAGAAAAAAUCAAAAACUGAUUGGGGAAUGUCACGUCAAGCAGCUGCAGUUCUCGGCAUUGCUCUCGUGGCUAUGGGAGAAGAAAUUGGUUCUGAAAUGGCAUUCCGUACCUUUGGACAUAUGUUCCGUUAUGGGGAGCCAUCAGUACGUCGAACUGUUCCACUUGCUCUAUCACUUAUCUCUGUGUCUAAUCCACAACUACCUGUGCUCGAUACAUUGUCGAAGUUCAGUCACGAUUCUGAUAAUGAUGUUUCACACAAUGCAAUAUUCGGAAUGGGAUUAGUUGGAAGUGGUACUAACAACGCAAGACUUGCACAGAUGUUGAGAAAUUUAGCUGUUUAUUACAGCAAGGAUGCCAGUAAUCUAUUCCUUGUACGGCUGUCACAAGGACUUGUUCAUUUGGGCAAGGGAACGUUGACACUACAACUUCACAGUGAUAGACAACUUCUCAGUCCUGUGUUGCACUCGGUUCUCUACUCUCUGUUCAUUAUUUCAUUCUUGGAUCGUUAAAAACCAAUUAUUCUUGGGAAGAGUCACUACAUGUUAUACUCUAUUGUUCCCGCAAUACAGCCACGAAUGCUCGUAACUUUUGAUGAAAAUCUCCAACCAUUACCAGUUAGCGUUCGUGUCGGUCAGGCAGUUGAUGUUGUUGGACAAGCUGGAAAACCCAAAACUAUAACAGGAUUUCAAACACAUACAACACCAGUGCUUCUUGCUUAUGGAGAAAGAGCAGAGCUUGCUACAGAAGAAUAUCUUCCAUUGAAUCCAGUGGUUGAAGGUUUCGUCAUAUUAAGAAAAAAUCCAGAUUAUGAGUGAAAAUUAACUUAUUUGGACUUGGACAAUUUUUUCUACUAAACCUUUUACAAGGAUUUAAAUAUGGAUAUGGUCGCACGAUAGGAUAUCUAGUUGUGAUCAAUGUGUUUCUGGUCUUGUCACCUGUAUACUUAUGUAAACUAUUAUUGAGUUUAUGUAAAGUUCCCUUUUUGGAAUCGUAAAAACAUUCUCGCA